AUGCAGGAAGAAGCAAGAGGAGGGUCUCGCGGGGGGUAUGACCAAUUUUCAUGGGAAACCGUAAAGGAAGAUCGAAAUCGCAUUUGCUACUUGGGCAAUUCAAUCAAGGCGCCCGUUGGCAGAUGGCAGGUCGGAAAAGAUGUGGGCUGGUUUCAGAAGCCUAAAGAGGAGCGUACAGACAUGCCCAUUAAGGCGUCCCUUUCCUCUUCUGCAUCUUGCGUCAAAGAAGAGCAACAACUUUUACGAGAGAAGGAAAAGGUAAUGAUGGCAAGUGCGCUACUGUAUGGAUUUGGAAACCCAUUGACAUCUACAUCUAAUUUACCACCGUCGCUUAUUAACUCGACGCUUGGUUUGUUUGAGAAUCAAGGGAAAAGCACCAAAGAGCAAGAAAAUCCGACUUCAAGACGUUCAGGAUUUGAAAGAUCGCUCAGUCCAGAAAUAAGGAUAUCUACAAACGAAUCCCGAGAGCCCCAUAAAUCUAGCAGGACCGCCUGGGAAACAUCUUCAUCUUCGAGGCAAAAGGAUCCUAGUAGAUAUUAUUCCGAAAAAGAACAGAAUCGUCAUACUAGCUAUCGCAACAGGGACCAAGAGCAUCGUGAUGCGAGCUAUCACAACAGGGACCGAGGGAAUCGUGAUGCAAGCUAUCGCAACAGGGACCAAGAGCAUCGUGAUAUGAGCUAUCGCAACAGGGGCCAAGAUCAUGGCAAAUCUUCCAGGAGGUGGUCCAAAAAUGAGUCUGACCGGAAUUUGGAUAUGAGGAAUAGUGCGACCGAUAAGUAUUCCUCUAGGGAAAAGGAUAGAAAUUCUCCUUCAAGGCAAGAUGGAAAUUCUGCAUUUACCAUGCGACCAUCAAAAAGUGCUCGUUUUCGAGAUAGGACCACAUGGGAUGACUUGUAUCCCCACUCGACAUAUGGACGGGAAUAA